CCUGCCUGUGUGUUGGCCGCCUGCUGUGCAUCCCUUCUCUCCUCACCCCUGCAGACUUCAGUCAUUCAGGUGAUACUGUUCAUGAUGAUGCGCCGUCUUCUGAGCGUAUUGGCCCUUACGCUGCUCAGCAGUUACUUGGGCGUUACGGCAGCGGAGGCCAGUCCUGACCCUCCUCCUCCUCCUCCCCCUCCUGGUGGUACUGGGGGUGGUGGUGUUCCCUUUGGGGCCCCUGGUGCUGCUGGUCGUGGUCCUGGUGUUCUUAACGGUCGUCGUGUUGGUGGUGGUGGUCGACGUGGUCCUUUUUCUGGUGGUCCUCCAGGUUUUCCUCCGUCACGGCCAGGUGAGCCUCCUCUAACCUGGAGCUUACAACCUAAGGCCCGAAGCGACCCCCCGCCACGAAAACUACUUCCGGUACCUGACCACCUAAAGAACCUAAGCAAGGCCACAUUACCUGAAAGACCGCAGCCUGGUUCUCCUGACCUGCCACACCCACCACAUCAAGCACCACCGCACCCAAAACCUGUGGAGCAACGACCUGUCCAACAAGAACAGCGUGUCGACUCACCACAAGGUCCACCGAGCACCAAUCCGAAACAACAAGACGCCGGCAAAGGAGCAGUGAGCGGAGGACUGGUACAUGUGUCUCGAUCAGACGGG